GACGGAGAGGUGGUGGACAAAAACAUUAGCUGUCAUUACAAUCAGCUGUGAGAGGAAGACAACGCCAACAAGGACCUGCACAAUUAAACAACAGACAUGGUUAAUCUCCCGAUCCACCACCUCUAUUUACUGCUGAUCAGCAUGCUGGCCUGUCAGUGUCCUCCAGUCAGCGGGCUGUUUGAGUGGCUAAAGGGUGCGGGGUCACCUCCCGCAGCUCCUCCUCCUCCUCCUCCUCCUCCUCCACCACCAGCAGCAGAAGUCACAGCACUUCUUGCAAAGGAUGCUCCGUUUGAGAUGGCUACUGCAGAUGAGAGGUUUUUGGCUGAGGCAAAGCAGAUGGAGAUCACCCCGUUAGACAGCUGCCAUUACAAAGUGGUGGCCCGGCUGAAGGCGAGCUGUGAAAGCCUCCCAGAGGAGCAGCUUGCGAAGCUUGGAGUCGUUCUGUUUAACUGCCAGGCAGAGGCUGAGGGGCGCCAGACCUACCUGUGUACAGAGGAAAUGACUAUAAAAGAGUGUACAGCAGACAUGGACUCUGACACAUGGAAUGCUUACCACAUAGUGAGCAACAGGGCGCGCUCCGUUUGCUACGCAACUCGCCAGCAGCUCUUCCGGCGCAGAGCAGAGCACACCGUCAACGCUCUCAUCUCCACAGCUACUAGCCAACUAGAUGCAAUGAAGGGCCUGAAGGAGGGCCAGCUGGAGCUGAAGGAACUGACGGCAGCCUCCUUGGACAAGCUGCUGGACGGUCACAGUGCUCUGCAGGCCCAGCAGGGGAAACUGUAUGAGGGCCAGGGGCACAUGGCGAGUUCACUGAAGGACAACCUGGAGCGUCUGGGCCAAGAAAAAGCCCUCAUCGCCUCUGGACAAGAACUGGUAGCCCAGCUCAUUCAGGGCAUUACAAAGAGAAUGGAGAAUGUGAGUGAGCAUCUGCAGAUCCAAGGCUCGGAGGUGCAGGACAGCCACAAGGCGAUUGUUAAAGACCUCGCAGAUGUCAGACACCAAGCUCAAGACAUCCAUCAAAAAAUUGACCACAGUAUGCUGGAGUUUCUGCAGUACCAGGACCAGACCUCGCAGUACUACUCUGACCUGAUGAACAAACUAGAGCGCAUGAACGGCACCCUGGGAACCACGCUGCACUACCUGGAUAACAUGCAGAGCCGAAUUGAGGAAAGGCUUCACAUGAUCCAGGGCUACCUGGGCUGGGCAGGUUUGAGCCUGACAGCCAUGUGGACGUGUAUUGCACAUACGAGCUACUUCGUCCUGUGUGCAGUCCUGUUGACGUUCCUGCGUUGUCCAGGUUUCUCCCGAGCCAUGCUGCUGCUCACUGUGCCUCUUAACGCAGUGGCCGAGGUCAACCAGCAGCCGGCCCUGGAUCUCGCCGGCCUCAGCCUGCUGCUGCUCAUUCUCUCUCUGGGUCACUGGUUUUUAAGUAAGUUGUGGGCGUGCUUCCAGAUCGGAGGAAAGCCAGCGGCCCCGCUGCCACUGGCCCCGAGGGACAUUGUAGAGCCACUAAAGCCAGUUUCAUCCUUCAACCCGUAUACAACAUCCUCUACACCGCAGAAAGAUGAAAAUGGUAGCUUCGUGGAGCAAGACGACCCGUUUAAUCAGGACAGCAUCAUAUCAGGUAACUUUGGAGCGUCAGCAUCGUCUCCCCUUCACAGGCAGCCAAUGCCAGAGUCGAGGUUUAUGCCGAUUAUUGGCACACCCAAUCACUCCACUCCCAGGCCCGCACCACAGUCGGGUCUUUCAGCGGCUUUUUUUGCCGACAUCCCCCCAAGGAGCCUGGGAAGUGUUUUUGAUGCAGUGAACAACUCGCGUGAUUUAGUGAACGACUCCCGAAGUGCGAGUCCUACCCCGUCACUCGUCAGCAACAGCUCUCUGUCAGGCCGUCAGCUGUGCAACGGUGUCACAAAAACCAGAAAGGCCUGUAAGAAGAGAGCCGUAGCAGGAAAGGAGUACUGCAGACUACACGAAGGGGGACAAACCUCCUAUGCUGUUAAAUGAGCACUACAUCUUUUUCAUUUUUUAAUACAGAUGUUUUUAAAUAGAUUUUUUUUAUUGCCAUGUUUUAACUUUUCUGUGAAUCCGUUUGUACGUGUAUUAAGAGAAUGUUUUUCUUUGCAAACAGUAGGCAAACACUGUAUUUAACUUAUUGUGAUGCCAUUGUAAGCUUUGCCUGCUGUUCACUUGAGUUAAUAAAUUAUUUCUUUACA